UCAGCUGGAGAAGUCAAUCUUAAACCAGCAAUUAGCUUUUUCUGUCGUCUGGCCCUUCGCGGAGGUGCGGACGUGUAAGCGGCGCCAAUAUGCCCGUGUCCCGGAGCUGGGUUUGUCGGAAAACCUAUGUGACCCCGCGGAGACCCUUCGAGAAGUCCCGCCUCGACCAAGAGCUGAAGCUGAUCAGAGAGUACGGGCUCCGGAACAAACGCAAGGUCUGGAGGGUCAAGUUUACGCUGGCUAAGAUCCGCAAGGCUGCCCGGGAGCUGCUGACGCUGGACGAGAAGGACCCGCGGCGGCUGUUUGAAGGUCUUCUGUGAACUUUGAAUUCAAAUUUGGUUUAUGAGCCACAGAGGAACAUGCCCCAUGAACUCAGCCUUAGCGAGAACACUACGAAUUUUCUCACGAAACCAGAAAUAAUUGAACUUUUGUACGUGCUCUAUUUGGUCUGCCACACAAAGCAAAGUAAGCUGAAUGUCCUGAAGAUAAAAAUUUCACCUAUUCAACCGCUGAGGACCGAGGGUCCAUGGAUGACCCUGACAGAUGGUUCUAAGUGUCUGGAGCCCAGAGGAGAGAAUGUCUGGGGCUUCAUCCCCUUCACUCUACUUUGACAACCUCCCCUCCACAUCCUUGGGUCGACCUUUUAAUCUUUAUCAGCUGUUUUCAUUCAUUUAUUCUUUCAUAAAUUAUUCUGUCAUAUAGUUAGGAAAACAUACAACUGUAUAUGCAUAUAUAUUUAUAUUCAUAUACACACAUAUGUGUAUAGAAACAGAUACACACACAUAGAUAUACCUAUAUACUAUCUUAUAAAUGGUGGUUUUAAGUCAAUGCCAUAAAGGCAGAAUUUUUGCUUCCUUAGCAUCUGAAUUCAGUUGGGUAAGCCAAUAAUAAACAUGCAAACACAUACCAGAUGAAAAAUAUGUUAAAUGAGUGUAUAUUCCCAAAUAUGUAGAUUUAUACUCUCAUAUGUACAUGUCUGUCUAUUCAUUCCCCCCCAACCCUCCUCCCCCUGUCAGUCUGCCUAUCUUUCUCUUUAUUCUCUAUCUCUAUAUAUAAUCUAUAUGUCUAUUUACUUAUCAAUUUUCUAUAUCCACUAUAUGUUUGAUUAAUUACUUGAAGUAUAAUGGGUAAGGAGGAUGCAGGUCUGUUCUCAUCAGUGUCAUGAGUGAAGGUCCCAUGUGGAGAUGACAUUUAAGCUGCUCUUGAAAGAGGGGAGGGAGCCAGACUCACGUGAAGACCCAGGCACAUUGUGGCACAGGCGGCAGGUAUACCAGAUGCCCGGGGAAGGUCUAAGCCUGCUGUUCAGUAAGAAAGAGUCUGUGUGUAGAGGGGAAGGGUCUGAAGAGAAGGGGCACUUGUCCAUAGCAGCCAGGCCAGGGAUGACAGAACAGAGGAGAGAGCCCAUCCUCUUAGAAACAGUGAAAGCAGUGGCAUUUCAAAUGACUUUGAGAUUAAAAAAAGCUAUAGGAAAUUUUCACAACCUAUUUUGUGUGAUAUGAAAACCAUACAAAAAUAGCAAAAAAAAAAAAAAAUAGAAAAAUGCUAAUUAUAAAGAUCCAUGAAAAACUCUAAAGAUAUCAGCUCAUAAAAUUUCCAAAAAUAUAAGUGAACAAUAAGUACAAUUCAGUUGCAUUAAUAUCCAAAUGUUUGGCAUCAAGAAGCCUUGUUGAUGUUUGUCACUGUGACAGUAAAUCAAAGAAAAAUUCAUUCAUCAGGAAAUGUAAACCUUUUAGUAAAAGAAACCAUUCCCAAUAGAACUCUAAUGUAACAGGAAGCCAUAUUGAAAUGCAUAGAUCAAUAUUACUAUAGCUAUAAAAUAUAAAUUUUCAAUCUUUUCCCUUAAAAUAAUGUGGACCAAUAGAGAAGCUGAUUUAUUAAAGCAAAGUUCAGGACAUUUUGCUCCAUCAGUAUUAUCAUAUAAUAUUUGAAAUGAGAGAAAAAGGUACACAAUUUGGAAACAAGCCAAAUUUCUGUUUUCUUUUGGUUGGUGUAAUUUUAACAGUAAAUUACAAAAACUCAAUGGAAAAACUGUUGAAUCAAAGACCUUAUGAAGUAGGAUGAUAAAGAAUAGAGAAUAAAAUUAAUAUACUCACAGGCACAGCUUUGUCAUGAACAUUCAGUUAUUAUUUACAAAAUAAUAAGGGAGCAAAGAAUGAUCUUAUUUAUACAAUAUUAAAUUUGUUGAAACAAUUCUAAAACUUAAGUGUAACAUGCAUGAUAUUAAGGAAUAAAACUGCAAAAUGUUUCUCCAUUUUAAUAAUAAAUACCAUUUGAAAAACAGCUUUGAUAAGACAAGGUAAUAUUUAGAAGCUAAUUCUCCAUAACAAAUGUAUGACUUGAACCUUUUCCCAAUAAAGAUAUAAAUAUACUUAUUUUAAAAUCUUAAAAAAAAACACAAAAAAAACAAAAAAAAACAAGCAAUUAGGUCUGAGGGCUGGGACAUCUGCAGCUGAGGCAACAGGCAAGGAGAGAGUAUCAAUGGUGCAUUUUGCGCUGGGCUUCCUCAUUUUAAAAUUAGUCUCAGGGGAGGGGGCUGAGGAAUUUUGAGCCUUUCACUGCCUCAGAAGACACCUGAAAUUUUGGUAUUUGUGAAGUUUUCCUGCAAAGAGCUGGCUGCCCCCACUCAGUCCUCUCAGGGUCCUCAGUUUCACCAGAGCACACUUCAAAGUCUUCUUAUUCUUGUCACAUAACAAAAACCUGUAAAUACCCCAGACACAGCCAGGAUACCGGUGUUUCCUCACCUAGAAGGCCACACCCACAACUUGGACACAUUUAAGUCUCUGAAAGGCCUGGCUGGACCUUCUCUGCCUUUGAUCUUCUAUUUUUUAAUGCAAUUUUAUUGAUAUAUAUUCUUACACCAUAUAAUGCAUACAAAGUACACAAUCAAAGGCUCACAGUAUCAACAUAUAAUUGUGCAUUCAUCACCACAAUCAAUUUUAGAACAUUUUCAU